AUGGAAAUGGAGGACGAUUCGGACCAGUUAAACGUGAGUUUUCUUUUGGAUUUUUGAGUUUUUAGGAUUUAGGUGGUCUACUAUAAUAUUUGAUGUAAUGUCGAGUGAAUCAGGGUUGUAUUACCGGGAAACUGCUAUGUUCAGCUGAAUUAUGGUCUGGUUCAUGUAGGUAGCAGGAAAAACAUGAACUUUUCAUUCAAUUUUUACUUCCAAAAUCGAUGUCUCGAUGGUUUAGAUGCCUAACUCUGUUUUUACUCUUGCAAAGGCUAAUUUGUGACGUUAAAACCCGGCAAAUACUUUCUGUUCUCUGCAAUAGAACCAUCUUUACCCGAACAGUCAUAAUUUCUCCACAUCUCGUCCAGUUUCCGCUCGUAAAAACCAUUUUUCCUACUUCAACACCUAAAGUAAUAUAAUUUCUCGCAAAGUCGGGAUUUUUGAAAUUCUAAACGCCGAAAAGCACUUCGCGUUCUCAUUAGCCAUUCAUUCUCGAGAUUUUUUUCUCCUCUCCCAUCCAAAACAGGGCGCUAAUUGCUGUCUAAUGACUCAUAACUUGGCCCGACCCACCAAAAAUGAGUGCAAUUUCAAAAUACGCGCAAUUUUGGGCCUCAAACCUUGCGAAAUGGCUGUCCGAAAAUGUUUCAAGGCCUGUGGAAGUGGGUAAUGGCUCGGAUGGCGCGCUGAAACAGAUGCUAGAGCGAGCAAUUGCGUCGCGUUUACCUAAAAUAAUAUCGGCUCAAUGGAAGUGGGCGGAUUUGCAUUUUAAUCACCCCACAGGCUUUCGAAUCCAUUAAAUCUGGGGCUGUUGAUGCGAAUGGGAUGUUGUAGCGGCGGGAAAAGGUUGUUUUAGGCGGGCGAUGAGUCACGUUUUUGCAAAAAGUCAGCGUGUCUGGGGCUGAAGAUGAGUGAAACGGAUAGGUCGUCCGGCUUUUUGACGAGCGGAAAUGGACCGAGCUGACUGGAAGAGGACGUAAUGGGAUAUUUGACAAUCUCACUAGCUGGUAGAGCAUUGUUUUGGGUCGGUGAGAGCGCAAAAUUAUAUUAUCCAUGACAAAAAAUGUUGUCAGUUUUAAUCAAAAAGGGCGGUAAUUAAAUUUAUUUUGGUCUUUAAAUAUUGUUUUGGCCCUAGGGCUUUGUAUAAACUCUGUUUUGGCCGAAAGUUGGCAAAAAAUUAUAUUAUCCAUGACAAAAAUGGUCUCAAUUUUAAUCAAAAGAGGCGGUAAUUCAAUUUAUUUUGGUCUCUAAAUAUUGUUUUGGCCCUAGGGCUUUAUGUAAACUCUGUUUUUCUAGAAAAUUCGGUGAAAAUUAUAUUAUCCAUGGAGAAAAUGUUCGUUUUUUAUCGAAAAUUCUGAUUUGGGGAGGAUAGGUUACCCCGAGGAUAGGUUACCCACCGGAUAGGUUACCCCAAAAAACACGUAACUCGGAGGAUAGGUUACCCCACCGGAUAGGUUACCCCACGGAUAGGUUACCCCACCGGAUAGGUUACUCCACGGAUAUGUUACCCCUUACCAAAAAAAGAAAAAAAUUUUUUUUUGAAAUGUUUUCGCUUCGGGAGAGUAAAAAGAAGGAUUUUUUGUGAAAAUUGAAAAUUUUUUUAAAUGUUUUCGCUUCGGGAGUUUAAAAAGAAGGAUUUUUUGUGAAAUUUGAAUAAAAUUUGAAAUUUUUUCGAGCUGACUGAGUAUGAACUGACUGAAUAUGAAAACUGGGUUUCUGUUACUUUACUACCUUUAGGGAUUCUUUUUGAAAUUUUUUCGACUUAUAACACUUUUAGACGUUAAUGGUGUUGUUUUGGUGCCUAGUACUGCUUAAAAAACACAUUUUUAACACUUGGUACUAAAUAGUACUAACUGGUACUAUUUAGUACGAGGUGCAAAUUUGGCCGUAAGGCGGUAAUGGCGUUGGUUUGGUGCGUAGUAGAACCCAAAAACACGUUUUAACACUUGGUACUAUAUAGUACCAACUGGUACUGUUUUGUGAGAAGUGAAAAUUUGGCCGUAAGGCAGUAAUGGUGAUGGUUUGGUGCUUAGUAGAGCCCAAAAACACGUGGUACUAUAUAGUACCAGGUGGUACCAUUGAUUUUAGACAAAAUUUUAGUGCUGGCGGCACCAAAGUUAAUAUUCAUUCACACACCCUUUUUUUCUACUUCCGAUGCGAAAAGAUUAAAAAAUUUUGUUGAGUUUUCCAAAAAAUUCUUUUUUUUCCAGUCCCGAAGCGAAAACACUUCAAUUUUUUUCAAAUUUCACAAAAAAUCCUUUUUUUCAACUCCCGAAGCGAAAACGUUUCAAAUUCUUUUCAAUUUUCACAAAAAAUCCUUUUUUUCCAACUCCCGAAGCGAAAACAUUUCAAAAUUUUUUCAAAUUUCACAAAAAAUCCUUUUUUUCCAAGUCCCGAAGCGAAAACAUUUCAAAAAAAUUUUUUUUUUCAGGUAACCUAUCCUCGGGGUAACCUAUCCUCCGAGGUAACCUAUCCGUGGGGUAACCUAUCCUCCGAGGUUACCUAUCCGAAACUUGGGGUAACCUAUCCGGUGGGGUAACCUAUCCGCUGGGGUAACCUAUUUAUUAGGGGUAACCUAUCCUCCGAGAACGAAAAUUCUAGUGGGAUAGGUCUUAAAAGCUCCAUUCUGAAUUUAAAAUAGUGUUUAGCAACCUAUAUUAUCCAUUUUUUUCUAAAAUUUCCGCAAAACUUAUAUUAUCAAUGUCAAAAUCUUUGAAAUUUUGAUGGAGAACAUAGAGUAAAAGAAUUUCCUGGGAUGUAAAACGGUUUGUUUUGGUCCCAGAAGACUUUUUCUUUUCGUUUCCCCCCAAAAUUCCCUCCCUAUUUAUAUUACACUAGACGUUUCGGCCUGCACCCAAUUAAUCUGGGCGCUGUAUUUGCUCAGAAACGAACAGAUAUCAUCCAGUGCGUUGAUUUUACCGCAAAAUAAAGCGAGGAACGAAGGUCGUCGCGGGCCCGGUCUGUGCGCUCUUUUUUCGCCGGGGCUGGGUUCGAACGGCUUUUUGAAGGACAUUCGUCUUCUUUCUGCCCUCCACCCUGGCUCUCCGUUGACCAUUCUCUCGGGUUUUUUGCUCCAAAAACUCUUUUAAUUAUUUAUUUGCACAUAGACCAUUGUUUUGGGUGGGAAUUUUGACACUUUUCGCGGAAUUUUGCGAUUUUUUGGAUAUUUUUUGGAAAAAUUUUUAUUUUUCCAAGAAAAAUCGGGUUAUUGAGAAAAAGUUGUGUUGUAUUAGGUCGUCCAGAAAGUAGAGUCAUUUUAAAAAUUGGUUCAAAUAUGAUUUUAUGGACAAAAAAAUAAUUAAAAAUUAUUUUACAAGGUCUGUUUGGAAGCUAGGAAAUGAAUUAUGACGGGGAGUCUGGGCCAAUCUGAGAUUUUGAGACAUUUUGAGGGGAAAUUUUGGGAUCAAACCGGGAUUUUUUGAACAUUCGUUUUAAAAAUUGGUUCAAACUUAAUUUUAUGGACAAAAAAAUAAUUAAAAAUAGUUUUACAAGGUCUAUCACGCCUAUAUAUAUUAGGUCGUCCAGAAAGUUCGUUCGUUUUUUACAUUUCUUUGUUUUACAAGGAUUGUUUGUUCUUUGGCAAAGGGAAUAUAUUUAUUUGAUACAGCUUUUUCUCCUCUACAAAACUGUGUUUUUAGUUCUUCUGAGCCCAAAAAAUAAUGAAGAAUUAAAUUUUCAAAAAAAAAACUAAAGACACAGUUUUCUAGAGGAGAAAAAGCUGUACCAAAUAAAUAUAUACCCUUUGCCAAGCAACAAACAAUCCUUGUAAAGCAAAGCAAUGUAAAAAACGAACGAACUUUCUGGACGACCUAAUAUAAAGACGGGAUAGACCUUGUAAAAUAAUUUUUGAUAUUUUUUUUGUCCAUAAAAUUAAGUUUGAACCAAUUUUUAAAAUGAAUUUUCAAAAAAUCCCGGUUUGAUCCCAAAAUUUCCUCUCAAAAUGUCUCAAAAUCCCACAAUAUCCCAGAUUCCCCGUCAAAAUUCUUUUCCUGGCAUCCAAACAACAGCUCCGAAUUUUUUGAAUUUACUUUACAACGAAAUUUUUUUUUGAAAAACGCCAAAAACAGUUGGUCCGGACUAAUGGUGGCGAUUAGUCAGGGCUGGAAAAUGAAGAAGAAAAUUUUGGAGUGAGCAAACAAAAAAUUUUUUUUUAAGUUUUGAAAUUUUCAAAAUUUUUUCAACUCGAAAGCGGGGUUAUGAUAAUGAAAAAAGGUUAGUUAGAGUAUUUAGAUGCCAUUUGUUGAAACUUUCCCCCAUCAAUUUGCCUUUUUUUACCCUCUUUUGACAUUAUUUAUAUUAUUCAUGAUGAUUUUGAUGACUUUUCGCAAAAAAUUGAUGAUAUUUUGAAUAAAAACUUUGGCAAUUGAUGAUAGCCUAGUUGGUUAGGGUCUGUGGUGUAUUUUAAUAGCGAAUUGACUAGGGUUUUCUUCAAUAUAUUAUAUUAUUUUGCAAAAAAAUCGAAAAUUUCCUCGAAAACCUCGGGUUUUCUCAUAAAAAAGGUCAAAAUAAUGAUUUUUAUCCUGAGAAAUGACUGAAUUAUGUUUGAUAAAUAAUUUUGGCAACAUUGGCAACGAUUUCGCAUACAGUCAGCUACUGUUUUAUUCAUGAAAAUGGUCGGAUUUUCUGUUUCGGAAUGACUGGACCCAAUGAAUCAGAGACCAUCAUUUUUUCUCUCUCUGUGAAGGUUGCCCCUCUGCUUUUAACGGCUGGGAAAUGUCCGAAGAUUCUUUGAGAACACUUUUUUUCAGUGGCAAAGGUCAAAAUGAAGAUUUAUUUGGCGAAAUUGGGACUUUUGGGGUGAUUUUGCGGCGUUUUUUGAUGAUUUUAAAUUAUAAAAUUGAUUUUUUGACGGUUUUUAGUUGUGAACUGCUCUGAAAUAUGUUAGGGAUCAGUGACAGACCGUAUUUUACCUUUAUCAGAGGAGAAUUUUUGAUUUGCGACCAAAAUUGUCUAGUGUAAUAUAAAAUUUUUUGUUUUUGGUUUAAAAAAUGAUGUUCUGAUGUGAGAAACCGCUCUAAUAUUUUUUCUAUAAUCCUAGUUGGAAUUUAGUUACCGUAUUUUACCAUGAUCUCGAGGAAAAUUGAGAGUUCUGGACGUUUUUUCAUCUCCCUCUUACCUACUACAAUAUCCGAUUUUUAGUGCUCCACUUCGACCGUUUACACCCAUCCCCAUUCGUCGGCCUCGUCCCAGUACCACCCACUGUACGUGGACACAUCCCUACCGCCGAGUUCGUUCCGCUAUUCGAGGGCGUUUAGUCGGUCGCAAAACUUCUCGCCGCACAGUGCAAUCCCAUCGCCGCAGGUCGGAUUCCAGAUCAUGAGCGCGCCCUCAAGGCAGAUCAAAUGCGUGGUGGUGGGCGAUGGAGCGGUCGGUAAGACCUGCAUGUUGAUCUCGUUCACGACGAACUCCUUCCCAAGAGAAUACGUUCCGACAGUGUGAGUUGAAUUUUUUGAUUUUUUUCUUGAGUUUUAGGUGGAAAAUGUGAAGAAUUGUGAUGGGAAAUGAUAGAGAUAGAAAUAAAUUUCAUUUUGAAGUCAUUCGCUUGCCGAAAAUUGCUGUUGAAGACAGGAAAAAGAUCAAAUUUAGAUUUUUUUAUGUUGUUCAUGGUGAAGGUUGAGGAAAAUCAACUUGGCGGAAAAGAAGGCGCAAGUAUUAGAGGUCUUGAUGGAUUUUUUGGAGGUCUGAGGUGUUAAGAAGAUUUGUGUAUGCGAGAAAUAUGAUUUAGGGGUUGAAUUUUUGCGGUAUAUUACACUUGAUGACAUAGAAAAUUUUUGGUCGUAAAAAUGAAAGUUGACCGGUAAAGUCAAGUUUUAUGUUUUCUAGGUCUUCCAUAACGUUUUAGGAAAGAGUUGCAUAAUAAUUUUCGUUGUUGAGAAACUUAAAAGUUGGAGGUCGAGGCACUUAUAUUGUACUUGAUAUUUGGAUGACAAAAAGUAAUUUUAAUAUCCGGAAUAUUGUAAAAGCUGCAAUAGAUUGAACAAUUAAGCAAAUGAUGUCAUAAAAAGACGAUUUUUUAGGUAAAAUACGUUGAAGUUUUGUUUAAAUUUUUCUCUAAAGUAAUAUAAAAAAUGUGUUAAAACUCGAGCAAUCUCGAAUUAUUAAGCUAAGUAAAUGUCUCUAAGACUCUAACUAGAUGUUAAUUUUAGGUUUGACAACUACUCGGCACCGAUGACGGUCGAUGGGCAUUCAGUAAAUCUUGGACUUUGGGAUACGGCUGGACAGGUGAGAAUUUUUGAAUAAAAAGUUUUCUUUUUUUAUGUUUAUGACACGUCUCGGUGUUAUAUGAUUGCUUUUCGAUGUAAAUGAACUGAAAGUGGCCUUCAAGGAGCUCUAUUUUGCCAAAAAUUUGUUAUUUCGGAGUUUUUUAGGUAUUUUUUGAGGAAAAUUUUAUUUUUUGAUGGUAAAGUAAGGUCGCUGGAGGUUAAAAUGAAGGUCGAGGUAUGUGAAAUUCCCUGAGGUUUUAGGGAAAAAUAGAAAUUUCCCUAAUUUUUCCGGGAAUUUUGAUUUUUAUCUAUUUUUUUACCUGGUGGUCUAGUGUAAUAUAAAAAUGUCUCAGAAUUCCUCAAAAAUCCCAAUUUUAUUCAAUUUAAAUUAUUUUCAGGAGGACUACGACCGACUACGCCCCCUCUCCUACCCCCAAACCGACGUGUUCAUCCUCUGUUACAGCGUGGUGGCCCCGAUUUCAUUAACAAACAUCACCUCGAAAUGGGUCCCCGAAAUCCGGAAUUACUGCCCGGAAGCCCCAAUUGUACUGGUGGGGACGAAAGUCGACCUCAGAGAUGAUCCAGCUCAAGUGGCACUGAAUGCGAACUCAAAAUCGAAUCAGUUUGUGACGAGAAAAGAGGCCCAAAAAGUCGCGGAUAAAAUCAAAGCGGUUCGGUUGUUGGAAUGCUCAGCGUUGACGCAACAGGGCCUGGGAUUGGUAAGUGGAAGGGGAGAUAUUUAAAAAAAGAGAUAUUCAACGGUCUAGAGUAAUAUCUCAAAGACCCUUCAUCAAAAUUCCUUUCAAUUUCGCCUAUAUACUCGAAAUGGCAGACAAAAAGAACCCUAAAAAUUUUAGUUCAUGAUUUGCAGAGACAGCCGAGAUAUUCAACGAUCUUUGCGGUCGAGAGACUAUGGAAAAUGAGGAGACGGGUAGAGAAAAACAUUUUUUUGCCUAUAUCUCUGCCGAUUUUAGGAGGAAAAAUUUGAUUUUUUGAAUUGUCAACGUACUCUCCAUUAUGAAUAAAAUACCCAUUUUAAAUUUUCAAAAAUCGCCAAAAAAUUAAAAAUUUUUGCCUUUUUCGACCAAAAAACCUCAAUUUAUUUUGCAAAGAGCAAAAAGUCUCCCAAAUGGCUUCAAAAAUUAUUAUUUUAAUUUCCACCAAAUGUCAGCUAAAUCUAUCAACAAAAUUUUCAAAAAAAAAAAUUAAAAAUAUCGACUCAAAAAUAUCCGAAAAAAAUCAAAUUUUAGUUUCAUUACCCGUUCACAAAGUCGCUGGAGUGAUUUUAUUUUCGCGACAUGCACUGUGCGAAAACAAAGUUUCACUUUGCACUGUGAAGUUUCAUGCUUUUUUCACCGUGCAAUAGGUUCUUGCGGCUGUCGCUCGCACCUUGACUUUUUUCGCACAGUGCAAACGCCAAAAAUCACUUCAGCGACUUUGUGAACGAGUAAUGAAACUAAAAUUCGAUUUUUUCGGAUAUUUUUGAGUCGAUAUUUUUUAUUUUUUUUUGAAAAUUUUGUUGAUGGAUUUAGAUGAGAUUUGGUGGGAAUUAAAAUAAGAAUUUUUGAAGCCAUUUGGGAGACUUUUUAGUGCUUUGCAAAAUAAAUUGAGAUUUUUAGGUUGAAAAAUGCAAAAAUUUUAAUUUUUUGGCGGUUUCUGAAAAUUUAAAAUGGGUAUUUUAUUCGUAAUGGAGAGUACGUUGAAUAUUCAAAAAAUCAAUUUUUGCCUCCUGAAAUCGGCGGAGAUAUAGCCAAAAUAUUGUUUUUCUCUGCCCGUCUCCUCAUUUUCCAUAGUCUCUCGACCGCAAACAUCGUUGAAUAUCUCGGCUGUCUCUGCAAAGCAUGAACUGAAAUUUUUAGUGUUCUUUUUGUCUGUUAUUUAGAGUAUACAGGCGCAAUUCCAAGGAAUUUUGAUGAUAGGACUUUGAGAUAUUACCCUAGUUACAUUGGAUGUCUAAAGUAAUAUAAAUUUUGAAUUUUCAGGUAUUCGAAGAAGCAGUCCGAGCCGUGACGUCCCCAAAACAGAAGAAACGAAGGUCCUGCGUCAUCCUGUAG